AGUGGUGUCCAUGGUGUCCAGUGGUGGUGGGCUGUCUGUCACAGCUAGCUAUGUAAAACAAGUGGUGGCUAAAUGAAUAGUGACGCUGGCUUUAGUAGAUUACAUAUUUCCUGACAUCGCUGAACUAUAGACAAGGUGGACUACGUUAACCUCUCGUAUCCCAGAUGUCCAAGGGUUUUUAAGUCUUGUUUUUACUUCAUGGCCAAAGACGAGCCAGCGGCUUUCCUGAUUCGUGAAGCCCUGGUGGAAGCUCCGUUCUGGGUUGAUUUGCAACCCACCUCCCCGUCUUUCUGAAGCUGGUGGAGCAACGCCUCCUUGCGACUUAAAUCUAGUAUGACAGGGGUUUGUGGUUGUUGUGGGGCACUCAGGCCCCGAUACAAGAGACUGGUGGACAACAUCUUCCCAGAAGAUCCAGAGGAUGGACUGGUCAAGGCCAACAUGGAGAAGCUGACAUUCUAUGCCUUGUCAGCUCCAGAGAAGCUGGACCGUAUCGGAGCCUACUUGUCAGAGAGACUAUCCAGGGAUGUGGCUCGACACAGAUAUGGGUAUGUGUGCAUAGCCAUGGAAGCCCUAGACCAGCUGCUGAUGGCGUGCCAUUGUCAGAGCAUCAAUUUGUUUGUAGAAAGCUUUCUAAAGAUGGUUCGCAAGCUGCUAGAAUCUGACAAACCCAGCCUGCAGAUCCUCGGAACCAACUCGUUUGUAAAGUUUGCUAAUAUAGAAGAGGACACGCCAUCCUACCACCGCAGUUAUGACUUCUUUGUGUCACGCUUCAGUGAGAUGUGCCAUUCAAGUUAUGAGGACCCUGAUAUUCGCACCAAAAUCCGAAUGGCAGGUAUUAAGGGUCUGCAAGGUGUGGUGAGGAAGACUGUGAAUGAUGAGCUGCAGGCUAAUAUCUGGGACCCUCAGCACAUGGACAAGAUUGUCCCCUCUUUGCUUUUCAACCUGCAGAGCGGGGAGCGCUCAGAGAGCCGCUCCCCCUCUCCACUGCAGGCAUCGGAGAAGGAGAAGGAAAGCCCGGUGGAGCUGACAGAGCGCUGCUUCAGGGAGCUGCUGGGACGAGCCGCCUACGGCAACAUCAAGAAUGCUGUCACGCCAGUGCUGAUGCACUUAGAUAACCACUGUCUAUGGGAGGGAAAGACCUUUGCAGUGCGUUGCUUCAAGAUCAUCAUGUAUUCCAUCCAGUCCCAGCACUCUCACUUGGUAAUCCAGCAGCUUCUCGGUCACCUGGAUGCUAACAGUAAGAACUCAGCCACAGUGCGAGCCGGUAUAGUGGAAGUCUUGCUGGAGGCAGCUGCCAUUGCAGCCAGCGGUUCUGUAGGACCCACAGUUCUGGAGGUGUUCAACACCCUGCUGAGGCAGCUUCGACUGAGCGUGGACUACGAGUUGACAGGCACAUACGAUGGCAGCACCAACAUCGGCACCAAGAUCAUCAAAGCUCAUGAGGAGAGGCAGCUGCAAGAGGCUGUCAUCAGGACCAUUGGUUCAUUUGCCAAUACUUUACCCACCUACCAGAGGUCAGAGGUCAUGCUCUUCAUCAUGGGCAAGAUUCCUGUCCCUGGAGUUCAUCUAACUCUGCCGUCUACUAACUCUGGGCCGGAGAGUACCAGGAUGAUUCAGAUUAUGUUACUCAAAUCCUUGGUUCAAGUGACAGCUGGCUUCCAAACUACAAACAUGCUCACAGCCCUGCCCAGCUCUUUCCUGGAGCCUCUGCUGUCUUUCUCUCUAACUGAAGAUCCAGAGGUUCGACUGCUUGUGCUUCAAAUCCUUCUUAGUCUCAUUGACAGACACGACAACAGGCCCAAGUUCUCCAGCAUAAGCAUCAUCUCUGACAUCUCUGUGCUGAAACUUAAAGUUGACAAGUGCUCCAGACAGGACAAUUUGUUCAUGAAAAAGCACGGUCAGCAGCUGUACCGACACAUCUACCUGGGCUGUAAGGAAGAGAGCAGUGGUAGGCAGCACUAUGAGGCCCUCUUUGGCUUGUUAGGACUGCUUAGCGUGGAACUGGCCAAUGAAGAGGUGGUGGUGGACCUAAUUCGCCUGGCACUUGCCUUGCAGGACCUGGCUCUGUCCACGGAUGACGCUCUGCCUGCUUUCAACCGCUGUGCUGUUCAUGCCCUCGCUGCUGCCUACCUCAACCUCAUCUGCCAGCUCACCACCAUCCCAGCCUUCUGUCAGCACAUACAUGAGGUAAUUGAGGUGAGGCAAAAAGAAACUCCUUACGUUUUGCCUGAGGAUGUCUUCGUUGAGAAUCCCAAACUGCCGCCUACAUUAGACAAGGUGGAAGGAGAUGUUUUGUUCCUGCAGUCUAAGAUUACUGAGGUUCUUGGUGGAAGUGGUUAUAAUACAGAGAGACUGGCUACACCUUAUGUCCCACAGUAUACUGAUGAGGACCGGCUGUCCAAGAGAAAGAGCAUUGGGGAGACCAUAUCUCUUCAGGUGGAGGUCGAAUCUCGAAACAGUCCAGAGAAAGAGGAGAGGACACCAGCUGAGGAGAUCACAUUUGAAACCCUAAAAAAUGCCAUUGUGGACAGUGUGGGUAUGGAGGAACAGGAGAGGGAGAGGAGGAGACAAGUGGUGGAAAAGUUCCAGAAGGCCCCCUUUGAGGAGAUAGCAGCCCACUGUGGUGCCAGGGCUACAAUGCUGCAAAGCAAACUAAAUCAAAUCUUUGAGAUUACAAUCAGACCCCCUCCCAGCCCAUCUGGAACCAUUUCGUCAGGUUAUGGGCAAAGCCAGAGCCGAUCUGUUCCCAUUUACGAGAUGAAGUUUCCUGACCUUUGUGUGUAUUAAAGUACAAAAUAAGCAGCUCCAUGACAGAACUGAUUCACCUUUGAGGACUAGGAAGGGAUUUGGGGAUGAGUGACCAAUUCUCACUGUAAAAUGAUCUUGACCGUGGAAUCAAACAGCCACAGUGCAUGUGUGACAAACACAAUUGCAACAUAAGAACAAGGCACUUCUUGAUUAAUUCAGCUGAGGUUUUCUUUUAUUUCUUUAAUUGGAGCCAAAGCAAGCUGGCUAAUGUCAGUACAUGCAACAGUCAAACUUCAUCAUCUCUAAUAAUUAGAUAUGUGUAGAAACACGUCUAAUUGCCAAAAAGUGUGAUGAAAAUUUUUGAGUGGGUCAUUACAUGUCCUUCUGCUGGAAAUGUUACUGGCAUUGCAAAACAUAGACUUUCUUUGACCUGUUUUGUGUGUCCCUCACAAGGUGCCAUAAUACCUUUUUGAUCAUUAAAUUUGUUUAAUUAGUCUUGCUAAUUUCUGCUGACAUUUUUUAUUUAUUUUUAUAGAUUUAACAACCAUUGUAUGUGAAAUAGAGGCAUUAUAAUUUCUGUGACAGUAUAUUUUUGCAUAUGUUUGACGAGUGGAUAAAUGUAAAGUUACCCCUACCAUCUACCGUGUUACUCAGCACUUGAACAUCUGACUCCAAAGUUUUGUUUUUUUUUUGUUUUUUUUUUUUAUCUUUGUUUUGCCUUCUUAGUGUUAGCCGAAAGUGCUUUUGUUUUGUUAGGCACCCUCCCCCCCCCCCAAUUUUAAAUUCUACUUAUUUUGGUUUUAGCUGAUUUUAAUGUAAAGAAGUAAACAUGAGUUAAAACAUAGAUGAACACAUGCACUGCGCCAGUCAUGACCACAAAACUCUACGUAAACACUCUACAAGUGUUUAUGGUAAUGUUUACCACGUUGGAACACUAGAAAAUUAUUUUUUCUUCUCUUAUUUAUGUGUACAUACAGAGAAAUAUAUAAAUCUUUAAGCUGAUGUACAAAUGUAGGGAUGUUUUGUGUGUGUGUGUGUGUGUGUGUGUAUAUAAUGUAUAUUCUAGUUUUAAACUGCCGCUGCACUUGUUUUCUUCAUAGUUAUGGUAUAAAUCUAUCAAUCUAUAUCCUGUUCCUGUUGAAAUGUCCAACCAGCAACACAUUAAAUCAAAAAUAAGUCUUCAGUAGAAAAUUGCAUCAUCUGAAGGCGGCGAAGUAUUAAGUAGACCAUUUUCAAAGAAAAGGUUUAUACAUUAUUUUCAGCAUCAUUAUUAGCAACAGAAACAGGUUUCAACACCAUCAUCCUGACCUACGUUGCCAUGUCCACCUCCAUCCUGCAGGAGUGGUUUCACACAGCUUUCCAGCAGUGCACCUCUCUCAUCCAGUUCUGAAAAGCCAUUCUGUGUGCACAAGUGCACACACAGGUAUAAAAACAAAGUAUAGUGGCAAUAAUUUGGCACGAGCCUGGCUAGCACGAUCCAACUGUAGGUAGCAGAUCCUUUCAUGUGUUUUUGAAUUGUGCCUCCUGCUGUGGUGCUGUGAUGUUUUAGCUGUGUGAUGUUUUAGGACACCAUCCCACCCUACCGCGCUUCUGUGACUGAGCUGCAUCAAGCACGCAGCCCUCUUAUUAAAUGUAGACAACGGUGUCCAAUUUGUCCCUGUCAUGUGUUGCAUUUUAAUCUGCUAUAUUAGGUUAUAAUUUUCUUUACAAUGUUGUGUCCCAUGUUUGUAUUCAUGUAUUUCACCAGUCCAUCUUAACCCUUUUUAUUGUGUGAGUGGGUGUAUUUGUUCGUGUGCGAUCACGCUAACAGAUGCUUUUAUCGUCAUUUGCCAUGACCAAACUCAUCAGACAGUUUUGUGUUUGUCCGCUGACUCUUUUAAUCAUGUUAAUGAAGAACAAGCUAUUGAAGGGCAAUGAACAGCUGUCUAAACCUUCCAGUGACACCCUGUAACAAUGUCCGUUCAGCAUCUUAAACUUGGAAGUGAAGAUCUAUAAAUCAGUCUGCGUGUUGUCAUUGCAUUGUGUAAAGUAAUAUUAACUGACAGAAAUCCAAACUUACUUUUUGUCAUUAUAUGUCUGAUUAAUAGAUCUGUUUACAAUGUAGUGUUGUAGGUCAAAUCUAAACAUUCUGUGGACUUUGCACUUUAAAAACUGGAUUUCCUAGUGACAGAGGCAGCUUUUACAUGAAGAAAAUGCCUUAUGAGUGUCAUACCCAACUUUGCAUGCUAGUGAUGUUGCUGUGUUGAACAAUAAAUGUAUCUUUAACCUUAAAA